AUGACCUCCGAUUCGCUGGCGUCGCUGGCGGACCUACAAACAGAGCAGCGCAACGCAAAAACUGCACAGAUCGAUACCGUCUCCACGCUGGAACUAUGCCGUGCGUUUGUCUCUUCUGCACGGACUCGGUCUUUGAACGAACAGGUACUAACCCCCGCAGAAAUAAUCAACGACCAGGACCAGGGCGUGGCGGCCGCCGUCAAGCUGUGCCUCCCUGAGAUUGCGCGGGCAAUUGAUCUCGUCGUGCCGCGCAUCGCCACCGGCGGGCGUGUUGUCUACAUUGGCGCCGGCACGAGCGGCCGCUUGGGCGUUCUGGACGCCUCGGAGAUCCCGCCGACGUUUUCCGCGCCACCCUCGCAGUUUGUUGGCCUGAUUGCCGGCGGCGACGGCGCGCUGCGGACGGCCGUCGAGGGCGCCGAGGACUCGGAGACGCUGGCGGCCGAGGAGAUUGCGGCGCGCCUGGAAAGCCAGCCGCUGGGCCGCAACGACGUCGUCAUUGGCAUUGCCUCGUCCGGGCGCACACCGUACGUGUUGGGCGGCCUGCGGUACGCCAAGUCGGUGGGUGCGGCCACCGUGGGGCUGGCGUGCGUGCAGCCGAGCCAGAUGCGGGAGACGGGCCUGUGCGACGUGCUCAUUGAGUGCGUGACGGGGCCGGAGGUGUUGACGGGCAGCACACGGCUCAAGGCCGGGACGGCAACAAAAAUGAUCCUCAACAUGAUCUCGACGGGAUCCCAAGUCCGGACAGGAAAGACGUUUGGCAACCUGGUACGUCGCCGUCCAUGCCGCUGGCUGCUCUCUCCGAAUGUGUGGGAACCACCGCUAACCGUGCAGAUGAUCGACUUGCAAAUGUCCAACGAGAAGCUGCGGGACCGGGCACGCCGUGUUCUGCGCACGGUCGUGUCACCGGCCGGCAUCCUCGCCGCACACAGGGUCGACGAAGACGCCGAAGUUGACAGCCUUUUGGCGGGCUGCGACGGCAGCGUCAAACUGAGCAUCCUCGUGGCCAUGUCUGGCCUGUCACCGGACCAAGCGCGUUUGGUGCUGCAAAAAAGCGGCGGCAUGCUGAGCAAGGCGCUGCGGAGUGUUGACCACCAAAAGAUCUAG